AUGAGCAGUUUUGUGCAGUACGUGCUCGUUCGCGGCGAUCUGACCAGAACGCUCAAGUGGCCGUCCGGCGCCGUAAUGGCCCAAGCGUGUCACGCGUGUGUCGCCGUCACACACAUCCACUACACGGAUCCGAAUAUGCAGGCGUACCUGAAGGACCUCGGGAACAUGCACAAAGUCGUUUUGGAAGUAAGUCGUCGCACGGUGGUCCAGACAUGAAAAUUAUUAUACGCUCAUAAUAGUUUCAAUAUUACAAAAACUAAAACGAUUUCUCAAUCUCCAUAUCCAAAAUAUACUUUUCACAUAGCAUUUUGAUUGUAUUAUAUCCUACGCAGCUGUUACUGUCUUGUUCUACAUACAGCAUGUAUGCGUUCAAAUCAUUAGAUAUAUAACGUAUACAAUCGAGUAAAUUUCAUCUGCGUUUGUCGAAAAACCCUGAAAACUCGUAAGAUUUUCGUUUGUAUUUACGUUUAAUAAUGUACUUGGACUUUGGGUGGAUAUUUAAACUGAUUGAAAAAUCAUUUUAGUAUUUUCAACAUAUUAAUAAAACAGUUUUAAAAUUACCUAAAAGGUUAAUUUAAUAAUGAAAAAUUGAAUAAUAUUAUUUUUUCGUCUUCGUUUUACUUUAUUAUUAUGUUUAAUCUUAUUAGAAAAUUGUUUUUCAACCACUUUGGAAAAAAAUACAAAACCAUACGGAUUACUAAUUAUUGUGGAUAUAUGAGGCGUUUUCUCGGUAUUUUAAAUUUUUUUCCCGAAAGCUAUAUGGGGUUAAAAUGGAUAAAAGGGAUGAAAUUCUGACCACGGAUUAUUUAUAGUAAAGGAUGUACGUAAAAAUAUUUUAUGAGGCAUUUUUCGAUGUUUAAAAGUUUCUCUCAAUGACCAUAGAGGAUAAAAACCAUUUUCUUCUUUGAAUACGAAAAAUCUGAUCAUUGAAUGUUGUAUUGUUAUUGUACGUCAUAUGAGCGCGUGCAAAGUUACAAGAAGAUUAGACCGCGGGAAGUGGGUCGAAAAUCGAUCACGAGUUGUAAACUUGUUUUUGUUUUUCGCGAAUAAGUUAAUAAUAUGAAAUACGGUAAAAACAAUAAACACCAUUGAAGGACUCGGUAAAACAACAAGGCAAGUUCAAAAUUACUUUUCGAUAGUUUCGAGUAAGCAAUAAAAUGCUAUAGGUAAUAUAUAAUUUAGUGCGGUAAUAAUAUAAGUCCGUCUACCGGACACGGAAAAAACGGCGAUAAGGAUUUGUCUCGAUGUGAUCUAGAUUAAUUAUUACUUUUUUUUCGCCACUGUUAUGGGUGAGGAGAAGUAGGGACGGUAGAAAGAAUGUUGAAUGUACGCAAUCUUUGCUGGCGAAAAACGACUCUGAGAGGAGUUCGGUUACACGUGUUUUGAAAGGCCGUAAUAUUUACAAUUUUAAAACAAUACAUUUCGUAAACUGUCUCGUUUUUCCUACGUUUUUUUUUCCCAUUUACUACGAAAACCUCCGGGAAAAUCGAAAAGUGGCCUACCUAAAGUACCAACCCCAGUCCAAUUUUCAUUCGGAAAAAGCGCUAUUUUUGAAAAUCUGAGCAAAAUGUCGGGUAGAAAAGUCGUUCGCAGAAAAAAUAAAAUAAAAACAAACAUCAUUGCAAAACUAAUACACGUUUCGUCCGCUAAACAACCGUGUCUCAAAAACCGGACUCGUCCCGUUGUCGCGCUGAGCCCUUAAGUUAUAAUUAUUAUUGUUAUUGUUAUUCGACGUAUCGAUUCCCCGGACGGCGCGUCGAUUCUCGCACCGGAGUUUCGAUAUUUUUAUACACGACGACGACGACGACGACGACGACGACGGGGCCGCACGUGCACGCGCCUAAAUUGACGUAAUUUCGGCCGCAGCAAUUAUAAUGAUAACAAUAACAAUUAUUAUUAUUAUCAUCACCCGUCGCCCCGGCCGACGCGACGACGCCGCCGUUCUUUGCACGUCCGCCACCGACGUACCCCGUAAAUCACAAUCGAUCCCGUAAUGAUUUUGUUAUUACUGCAACUGCGGUCGUCGUCCCGCGGAUCUCGCGGGUGUUUUUUUCGCCCGUCGUCGUUGUAAAACGCGAGCCAAGUGCCGGUUGUAAUUAUCACCGUAACAAUAUCCGCCGGUCACUCUGUGCGCACGCAAUGCGCGCGUUCGAACGGCGACGGCGCGGCGCGACGACGAGACGUCAAUGUAACGAAACGUCGGCGCGCUCGGUCUGUUUGUAAUUGUCAUUGUUAUUAUCCAGACACGUGGCCCCCGUUCGACAUGUCGCACGGCACGUAAUAACGGUAUUAUAAUAAAUUUACGGCGCGGAUUUUCGACGCCCGAAUAACUAUCGUGAAAGACGCCCUGGAAAAUAGCCAAAAUGCCUUUUAGCGAAAAAACGACUAAAACUGCUCCGAAAACGGACAAACAACGUGACAUUCAAAUAUUGAAACGUUUCGCAUCUGUCGUUUUGCCAUUUGCCCGAUACGCAUAAUCAGACAAAGACGCGAUUUUUUUUCACGGUUAUAAAGCCUCUCGUCCCUUCGCGUAUUCAAUGCUCCGUAAAGCCCGGGGGUUCGGUCUUGAAUCUCGAACAAACCGAUUUUCUUAGAGCAGGUCGUCAGCCUGCUGCGAACCUUCUUGGAGGGAGGAUCCAAGAACUUUCUAAAAUCACUGAGCGGCUAUUGCAACAUACUUUACAGUAUGUGUAUUCAAACUUUGGUAUGUAUAUUAUUGGGCAACGGGGGCGUCCAUUUUCCAACGCCGUUAACCAAUAAAGGUUCCCCUAUAGGCAAAUGCGUUAUUAAAAUCAUAAACAGAACGAUUGUCAAUUUGUACAUUUACGAAAAAUAAAGCAAAUUUCACGAACACAUUUUUUAAGACAAUACAUUUUAAAACAGGUUGGCAAUGAAUUUCAAUUAUUUCCUUCACUAAAAGCCUUAUAUUGUUCGUUAGUUAGGUGGAUUUUAAAAUUUAUUUUAAAAUAUUAUUUUGGAUCCUCUUAUUGCUAGUGAUAUGUUUCAACUUGAAAGGGUUCAACGAAAGUCUUUAAGCUUUGCAGUCUACCUGUUGAAUAUUGAACAUAUUAACACAUUGAAUCUCAUGACUAUGAACCUGUACCGAGUAGGUUACAGAUUUAUAGUCUUUAGCCGAUUAUACGGAAACUUUUUGAUUGUUCUGUUUCAUUCUUGUGCUACUAUUAAAGGUUAAUUUUAUAAUUCCUUUGUUUUCAGAUCCAUUCAUAUUAUACUUUUUUUUUUUGCCACUAUGUAUGUCAAAAUAUUCCCGUAAUCGACCUAUUCAUCGAAUUAUGCAUAUUGCCAGUUAAGAUCCAUCUUUUAUAUUUUCUAGUAUGUUUAAGUUAUUUAAAUGUAUUCAAAUUUUAUUUAAUUCUUGUAACUAUCUGCCCAAUGCCGUGGCCCGUAUUGAAAUUAAAAAUAAUAAUAUUAACUUUGAAUUAUACCUAAAUUUUUAAUAUUAUACAUACAUAUUCAUUUAAAUUUAAAACUAAAAAAAUGACCGAAAAAUGCAAAAUAGUUUCAAUUUUGAAAUAUUUAUUUCAUAAAUCGAACCAUAUACUUAAAAAGCAUUGUCUUAGAUCACCCCUCCUUCCUUCUAAAAAAUACAUUGAUAUCCGGGCUUAAUUAUUAUUAUUUUUAAACGAUUCCGGUCUAUUACACAGUCCAGAUUUCGACACGUUGAAUAAAAUCCAAAAUCUGUUUGUCUCUAACACGUCUAGUUUGUAUACAACUUAGGUAUACAGAGUGUAAGUUAUCUCUAGAAUUACAAAUUUAUGCGCAUAGGUGUGUACUGACAUAAUUAAGGGAGGGGGAUUAUUAGCCCCUGUAAAAGUGUUUACAGUUCCCCUGAAUAAUCUCUGAAUAAUAGGUAUUUUGGUAGACAUGAGUGGGUGGUUGAUAUACAGUUCGCAUAUGACAGGGGGAAUGAUAAGAGACACUUCUCCCCCCUAAAGGCACACUAUUAUUGUAUCAAAAAAAAAAAAAAAAAAAAUAGAGAAUUGAUAUAAAUAAAAAUUUUGAUUUAAUAAAACUAUCGUUAAAAUAAAAAAAAAAUAGUUUUUAACAAUAGCUUUUAUUUAAAAUCGGAAUAAACAGAACAUACCUGUUGUAAGUAUAGUGCUAUCAAUGAAAUUCCAACCACUCCUCAUUUUGAAAUCCUGAGUAUGUCAUUGACUUGGACCCUCCAGUGUAUUCUGUAUUACAUAUACAUAUUUUAUACAACAAUACACUUUUAAAAAUAUUUCAUUAUUUACUAUAAUUUUAUAACACCCGUAAUGUUAUAUUAUUUCAUAUUUGUUCACCACUUUUAUUUUUACCAAAUAACAUCAGGUAUAGGAUAAUAUUAUUACGCAUAGUAUCGGCCUGGCCAUGGAAGCUAGGCAGUUAUCGUUGCCUGGGCCUCCUCCCAAGCUUAUAUUUUUUAUUAAUUUAUAAAUAAUUGACACACCAAUGAAACGAUCGGAUUUUUUUCCAAACAAAUGAGCGGUAGUCGUUCAUGACUUUUUUUUUUGCUUAUAUAUAGAUCGUAAAAAUCUAAAAAAAAAAAAAAUGGAACAUAUUUAUGAAACUAUGGGAAUGAUAUGGGAACGAAAAAAAUAAUCCGAAAGAAUAUAAAUAAAAUUGUGUGCACUAAUUCACAAACAUAAUCCCGUGGGGUACGCUGCAGGGAUCUCAUUUUCGCACUCGUACAUGUUUAUCGCGAUUACACGACGAAACCCAUGGGAGGAGACUAUAAUUAUACAUGUAAAUUAAUUUGUGUUUGAAUAUUUUCGAUUCGAUAAAUUUAUAUUUUUAACAAAACGUAAAAACUGCCUUAACCCCCUUAGAAUAUCGGGCGUAUACGACGUCCUCCUAUAGGCGUACUGCAAUUAUUAUUUCAUUUUUUUUUUACAUUGUGUAUUUUAUGUACCAUACAAACUCACAUACAGCUUUCUGUGUAUAGGUACCUGUAUUAUAUAUGUUUAAGAUUGAUAAAUCCGUAACAGCGACUUGUGAUGCGGCCCAUGUAUAUAUAUGAGAAUUAUCUCUCUAAUAUGAAAUCGUAGAGGGUGUCGGUAAACUCUAACACUUCCCCGAGAACCCGUAAAAUUACGGUUCCUAUAUGUAACUCUACUAUAAUAUUCUAUUGAUUUUUGAAAGCUAUCCCUAUAACUAAGCCUGUACCUUAAGCCGGGGCGUUUGUGGCUCCGCAAAUAUAUUGAAGAAAAUCGGUUAUAUCGAAUUUUAUCGCAAGUGUUUUAAAAAAAAAAAAGAAAACAAUUUAAUUUAAUAUAAUAAAUCGGAAAGCUUGUUCUAAAUCCGAUUCAAUGCGUUAAGACCGUUAAGAGAGGAUCGAAUACCAAUAUUUUCUGCCUUUAUCAAUGACGUUUAACGAAAUUUAAACUAAUAAUUUUCUUGCGAUUAAUCCGAUCGACGUAGCAAAGCUACAAGAAUUUUUAAAACAGUUUUUCAUUUAAUGGAAAGUGUAUACCGGGCAAAUUUUAAUAGAUUUAAUUUUAGGGUUUUUUAGGGGAAUUUUGACCGAUUUCAUAUGUGUAUACAGUUUACGCCGAGUUCAUAUCUGUUUUCAUAAUAUUCUUAUCGCUGAUCGGACUAAUUCAAGGUAAAUCGGUCUAAAUAUUGUUACGCCGCGCCGUGUGUAUGUGUGACGAAAAAAGAAAAAUAACAGUAAAAGAUGAAGAGGAUGACCUAGGGUCACAAUCAUAGAUAACCCGAGGAAGGGUCUACCGAGCUACGAGUCAACGAAGAGAUGAGAUUAGCCGAACAAAGAGAGAAAAGGUUGAGGCGAAGCCUUUUGAUAAAAGAAAUAAAAAAUUGAACAUCUCAAUCUAAUAAUAAUGCACUAUAUAUUUAUAUUGAUAGUAUCGUCGGAUAUUGUAAUAAUGUAAUAACAUACAAUUUUGUCUCGUCGACAUAUUCCUUGUUCGAAGAAUCUAUUGUGACGUGUGUACGUUUACCGAAAGUUCAUUAUAAAAUACGUACAUACAGAGUGAUUCAUUUGGCGCGCACAUUCCACUUUUUGGUUAAAUUUUAAAUAUUAUGUAUUAUUAUAUAUGUGUAUUGUAUAUGUAUUCAAAUACUGAUUUUUGGAAUUUUUAAGUGAAGUUCAAGUCGAUUUUUUCGAAUAUUUUUGAGACAUUUCACUUUCAAGUUUAGGUAGAGGGAGAGUAGUGGAGCACAUUAAUAAAAUGCCACGCGCCGUGUCGCUACACAAAUGAUACUUCACUACUCUCCCCCUACUUAAACUUGAAAGUGAAAUAUCUCGUUAACGGGUUGACGAAAAACAAACAUUUUGACACCAAAAUGCAUUUAAAGUAAUACUCCGUUUAUUUAUGAAAUUGUUAAAAUAGUUUCUCAUUUAAAAAACCAAAGUUAAUAUCGUCACAGGAUACUCCUUAAAUACUGUGAAAAAUCUUAAGUAUUCGAAAAUAUCGGCUUUAACUAUGUAUUUAAAAAUUCUAAAAACCAGAAUUUUAAUAUAUGCAAAAUUUAACCAAAAAAAAAAAUGGGCUGAGCACGCUUAGUGAAUCAUCUUGUGUAUACGUAUAAAUAUUUUUAACUUUAUCGCGGCUCUAAUGUACGAGAUAUUCAAAUCAAUAUCGCGUAAGAUUCACUAUUAUUUGUAAAACUAUACGCAUCGUACCGUUAAAUAUUGUUCUUGAGUCUUACAUCAAAUAAGAUUUUUGAAUACUUUUUGCAGAACUUCAUCGCCGUAUCUGAUAAUGUAGGUGUAGUAGGUGUGUGUACUACAGUAUUAUUUUUUCCCCUGUAAUACAUUUUUAAUCAGAUGGAAACGAUAAUUUUUCCAUAGCGAUGGUAAACUGAUUCACUAUAUCUCUGGAUUGAGUAUAAUAUACUCGUAUUAUAUUAUUACAUCGUAUACACGGGUAAUAUUUGUUUUUGGUUUUGUUUUUUUUCUGUUUCCUUCUGUUCGUAGACUUGCUUCUCUCAGAUAUAUUAUAUCGUUAUUCCAGCCUAAGGCCAAACAUUGUUUUCCCUAUAUUUUAUGUGUUCCGUACUUAAUCCUAAAUAACAUUUUCCUUUGUUCUUGCGCCCAGAGGGGAAACUACGUAAUAAUAAUAAUGGUAUGAUCACUUCAUCUGCAUUAAAACCAUUGAUAUUGGUUUUGUGUUUUCGGAUGUUGUUUCGGAGUUUUUGUUUCAAUUAUAUUAUGUACUCUGCGUAUCUGCUUUGUGGUUUGAAGACGGUUAUAUUAUUAAUAUUUAACAAUUAUUUUUAUAAGUCACAACCGUAUUAUAGGCAUACGCGAACAAAAGUCGUACGAUAAUAUUAUUAUUACUAAAGUACACGGUUCCGGUACUGUAUACCUAUUGUAUUGGACUUUAUUGGAUACAAUGCCAACUUAUAACGGGAGCAUGUUAUUUUUUUUUUUUUUUAUAAAGACCAUUCCCUUCGGGAUCCGUGUUGGACCCGUAUCGGGUCAUAGCCAUUUUUCUCCUCCGAAAAAUACAAAUAUCGUUUUCCUUAAAAAAUAAAAUAUCUAGACCAUAUUUAUUUAUUUAUUUAUUUUCCUAACUAUACCGUACAAUAUGUAACAUGUUUUAAUCUCCCGCGAAAAAAAUAUUCACCCAGGAGAACAAUUUCUUUAAGAAAAAAUGUUAUACUUGAUAAACGGAGUAAGCUUUCUAGUAGAAAAAAUGUUCACAUAAAACAAAAUAAACAUCUUUUUAAAACCAAUACAUUACUAAUACAUCUUAAAAAAACAUAAGCAAUUUCAGACGAAAGAUUGUCAUGAAAAAAAAAAAAAAAAAAAAAGUUCAAUAAAAAAAUUAUCCCAGCGAUGUCGGAUGACGCGUUUGCUAGUAAAUAAUACCUUCUUAUUUUUUUACUUCUAUUUUAUUUCUAUCAUUAGAUUUGCAAUUGAAAAUUGUAAGUAACACCACGAAGGUGAUCUCAACUGUUAUACGGUGAUUAAAAUCUGCAUAUAUACUUUUUUUUAAAUUUUCACUUUUAUUUUGAUGAAUUUAAAUUAUUACUACUAUUAUUAAUACUAUCGCAUAAGCCAUUAGAUAAUUCAUAUUAAGUUCUAUUACGUAAAGUUAUCGAUAAGAUUUUAAUUUAAUAUUGUCACUGACAGACUGACGUAUAGAUCGUUAUCGAAUAAUUUUCGCGCGAACGAAUUUCGGCUAACAAUUGACGCAUAUUCUAAUAAUGGCAAGGGUGCGGCUUUUUUUUUCUGAAUGUUCUAAAGUAAUGCUUUCUAAUCAUACAAUUUGUUUCAUAUAUCAAAGAAUUCAAAAUAAAUAUGAAACUUUACUUUUGGAACUUUUUUUUUUUUAUUUUCAGAGCAUUUUUAGGUUUUAAGACAUUUUUUAUUAUUUUUACAAACUAUAUUGUGUUAUCAAAAAAUUGUAUAAAAUUUAUUUUGAUUUCCUUCGAAAAUAAAAAAAUAUAUAUAUAUAUAUAUAUUUACAAUGUAUUAAGGAUUUACCGAUUGUACUAGAUACAUAAAGAAAACGAUAAGCUAUUUAUGGAAAUCGUAAUGUAUAGUCGUAUAAUUGCACUUUUUGCGCUAUUAUGUUUAGUAAAUUUAUAUACCUUAAAAAAAAAAAAAAAAAAGAUUUUUUCAACGUUUAAAAUAACUUUGAGGACAUUUUUAACCUUUUUUUUUUUUAUAUAUACAUAUAUAUUUAAGUGCAUUCAAUAUUAUUGUAAUAAUAAUAAUGGCCACGGAAGAAAAUAGUUAAAUGAUUAAAAAAUAGACAUUUUUGACGUGACUAUUUUCGGUUUGGCCAUUAUUACCGACGAUUUUUAUAAUUUAUUUUUAUCACCGUUAUCAUGUAGGUCGCACUAUCGUAAAUUAUCUAGCAAGCAAAAUAGGCGAUAUCAUUACAACAUAUACGUAUGAUUUUCAAUAAUUAAAUUUUCCCACUAUAUGUAGGUAAAAGUGGCCGCGGAAAAAAACGGCCGAAUUUUCCAUGACCGUUUUUUCCUCUGGCCAUUCUUCUACGACCAUUACUCCGUAUUCGGAGGAAAACGGCCCCUAUUGUUAUAUCGUUAUCGUCAAUACGCAUUUUAAUGUGAUAAUAAUAUUUGUUAUGCCAACAAGUCGAUGUUUUAAUCGUUUAUUGUCAUUUCGCCCCGCACAGGUUCCCGACGAGCCCGCGUUGUUGAAGGUGGCCGAGGCGUUGUCCGCGGACGGCGUGCACCACGUCGUGUGGAAGGAACAACCGGAGGACGUGGCCACGUGCGUGGCGCUUAAGCCCUGCGUGAAGGGCGAGGUGAGCAAGUACGUGAGGAAGUUCAAGUUGUACAGCGCGUGA